ACAUCCAGUCAGUUGUACGCACGACGUCGGCACGUUCGGUCUUCUCGGGUUCUGGUCCUGGUGUCCUCACGUGGGAUAUCUCGUGUGGAGUUCUUUCAUAAAUAGUCGAUGGAGCGGGGUUCCUUUCGGAGCUGUUUUGUGUGUGCGUGAUUUUGUAAAUAUUGUAUACUGCGACGGAGAACGGGUCCGUCAUGGUUGCGAAAAGAUCCCGAAAUAGUGCUAGUUUGUGAAUAAAUUGUGCCGAUUGCGGGGCAAAAUGUGUUCGAAGGUGUAAAUAAAGGAAAUCUGUACUGCCGAAAAAAAAAUAUAUCAAGCAAGCAAAAAGUGCUUCAUUUCCCCUCACUUCAAAUGUUUAGUGCGACUGUGUAGCGAAUCCUUGUUUCCUCCCAAAGCGAAAAUGUAUUUCAAAUCGUGCAUUAGCAGAAAAAUAGUGAUUGGUUUUAUCUGCUUCCUGGUGCAGAUCAACCAUGGGAUAACCCAGCUGGUCAUCAAUGUACAAAAUCAGGGAGGCGAAGUAGUGCAGGAGACAAUAACGUCCAGCGUGAGCGACGACACGUGCACGCUGGAGUUCCAGCGCAGCGACGGCACGCUGGUAACCAAGCUGAUUGACUUCCGGAGUGAAGUUCAAGUGCUGAAAGCCCUCGUCCUGGGCGAGGAAGAACGUGGCCAGAGCCAGUAUCAGGUGAUGUGCUUCGUGACUAAAUUUCAGAAGGGAGAUUUCAUCACUGCCGAUGCGAUGGCGAAAUUACGACAGAAAAAUCCCAGCACCAUCCGGUCACCGGAGGAGGACCGGGGCAAGGAGAACUACACGAUGACGGGCUGGGUGCUGCUGGACCGGGCCGGGCCUAUUUCGCGACACAUCGCCCCACUGUGUUCCGAGGCCCAGGACUCGACGUACGCGCGGGACGUUGACCUGAAGGCGUGGGCCGAACUGCCAGGUUCCUCCAUCUCGAUCCUGGAGUCGGCGGUCAAGUCGUUCCCGUCCGUCACGACGGGCAGCCCGCCGUCCCGGUGCAGCGACGUGUCCGCCAUCUGGGCCCCGUGCAUCUGCACGCUGGAAAUGUGCAUCGGCUGGUACCCGUGCGGGCUCAAGUACUGCAAGGGCAAACCGGACAGCGGCAACCCGUUGCUGAACGGCGUCAACGGGGCGGGCAGUUCCAGCUACCGCUGUGGCAUCAAAACUUGCCGCAAGUGCCAUCAGUACUCGUACUACGUACGGGAAAAGCAGCAGUGCCUGUGGGAUGAAUGACCGCUCGAGGGUCACCAUCACCACCACCCAACUACGGUGGACCGGACCCCGGUUCCGAUCUACAACAAUCGAACGACGACGACGACGCCAACAACGACGACCGCCGAUAAUAGUGUCAUUGGAGCACACAAAUCACUGGCAGCAGCAGCGACAGGGACAACUUCGACUAGGUUUAAGGGCAGUAUAGUUAGUAACAGUAGCAAGACUAGUAACAGCAGUACUAGCACUAGUGAUAAGGGCCGUGUUGUAAUCGACGACAACGACGUUACGAGAGGGUUGGCGGAGGGUGCAACAACCACAACCGAAACAAUCAGUGAAUUUAAUUUUUUACUCCAAGAUUAUACGCCGGAAGGGAUGAGGAUAACGAGGGCGGUAGGAAUGACCACAGCCGCAGGACCAGAACCAGACAAACCCAGAAUAACGGUUAGCAGGAUACGAAGGGUAGAGGCAGCAGCAGCAGCAGCAGAUGUAGAGAUGUGUUUCAAGUUUAAUGAAAUUAUUUUAUAGCACAAAUAGG